ACUCGAGGGUCGCGCCGGGAAACCAAGCGGAAGUCCCACGCUUCCACACGCAACAGGCGAGGAGCGCGUGGUGUGUCAUGGCCGCUGACGACGACGAUGGCGUAACCUCAGCGAUAGCAGCAUCCGACGGUGGUAUCAGCAAAUGCACCAAGUCUGAGGAGCUGGUAAUACAGGUUCCUGUGGUGGACGUGCAAAGUGACAACUUCAAGGAGAUAUGGCCAUCGCUCCUGCUGGCCAUCAAGACAGCUAGCUUCGUGGCUGUAGAUACGGAAUUGAGUGGGCUUGGGGACAGGAAGAGUUUGCUGAACCAGUGCAUCGAGGAACGUUACAAAGCCGUGUGUCAAGCUGCCAGGACCCGUUCUAUCCUCUCCCUGGGCCUCGCCUGCUUCAAGCAGCAGCCAGUUACGGGUGAACACUUGCACCUGGCCCAGGUGUUCAAUCUGACUCUAUUGUGCAUGGAGGAAUACAUCAUAGAACCAAAGUCUGUGCAAUUCCUGGUACAGCAUGGCUUCAACUUCAACCGGCAGUAUGCCCAGGGCAUCCCCUACCAUAAGGGCAAUGACAAGGGUGAUGAAAGCCAGAGCCAGUCCGUGCGGACACUGUUCCUGGAGUUAAUCCGGGCCCAGCGGCCCUUAGUGCUGCACAAUGGCCUCAUAGACUUGGUGUUUCUAUACCAGAACUUCUACGCACAGUUGCCUGAGAGCCUAGGGACCUUCACUGCUGACCUGUGUGAGAUGUUCCCAGCUGGCAUUUAUGACACCAAAUAUGCUGUUGAGUUUCACGCCCGCUUUGUGGCCUCCUACUUAGAAUACGCCUUCCGGAAAUGUGAGCGGGAAAACGAGAAGCAGCGGGCAGCGGGCAGCCCACACCUCACUCUGGAGUUCUGCAGCUACCCUUCCAGCAUGAGGGCCCAUAUUGACUUCCGCUGCUGCACAUCUCCUGCAGCCCCCCGUCCCCACCCCACCAGUAUCUGUGACAGCUUCUCGGCCUAUGGCUGGUGCUCCCUGGGACCACGGUGCCCUCGGUCCCAUAAUAUUGACCUCAUCAUUGACAGUGAUGAGGCUGUGGCAGAAGAUAAGCGGCGACGGCGGCGACGGCGGCGAGAAAAACGGCGGAGGGCUUUGUUAGGCUUGCCUGGCUUGCAGACCUCUGGGAAAGCUGAGGAUGGCCCUCCCUUGAAGCAAGUCUGUGGGGAUGGCCUCAAGGCUGAGGACACUGAGGAGGAGGUGGCCGGGAAUGAGGUUACAGCGCAGACUGGCUGUGAGCAAGAUCACAACAAUGACCUGGAGUUGGCACUCAAGGCCGCAAGGCCCGGAAGCACUGCCGUGGCCGCUCCUGAAGAACCAGGCAGUCAAGCCAGUCCUCACCCAGGGUCUGGGGAUGGACUGCACCGGGCUGGCUUCGAUGCCUUUAUGACAGGCUAUGUGAUGGCUUAUGUGAGAGUGAGCCAAGGACCCCAACCCUGCAGCUCUGGACCUUGGCUACCUGAAUGCCACAACAAGGUCUACCUGAGCGGCAAAACUGUGCCCCUCACAGUGGCCAAGAGCCAGUUCUCCCGCUCCUCCAAAGCCCACAGCCAGAAGAUGAAGCUGGCUUGGGGCAGCAGCUGACGAAGCUUCUGCCUAGUACUUGGGCCCUAGGAAGAGGAGCUAAGGAUAGAAUAGAGGGCUUUGGGGCCCUCUAGCCCUGUGACUGUUGUACUCCCAGCUACAGAGUUAGGGGGAAUUGCGACCUUGGCAGAGACACUGCAUUGCCCUUGGAUGUCUCCUUUACCCUAGAAGCUGAAGGUAGAGGGUACAAGGAAGGAGGCUGACCAGUACCUGUAACACCAUCUUUAUUUAUUUUUAAAUCUGAA